AUGAAAACGUCAAGAAUCGCAAUGGCUCUUUUUGUGGCGUUGAGCGCGGCGCCACCGAGCGACGCCGCCUCUUAUCACGACAAUGCCGGUGUUCUGCGCCAUGUGAACCCAUUGAUUGGAACACGGGGGCUAUCGCCCAACGAGAACGGAGGUAUGAUUCCGUCAGUCGCGCCCCCAUUUGCUAUGACAAGAUGGACGCCACAAACAAGAGAAAACUUUAUCUCUCAAGUGCCGUACUCUGACCAUGACCGACGACUUCAUGGCCUGCAGGCAACGCAUCAACCGGCCAUAUGGAUGGGGGAAUCUGGUCAGAUGGUCUUGAUGCCAGGGCUUGGAGAGAUUCAACAUCGAUUCCAGCACCGAGGAUUGUCCUUUCAGAAAGAAGAUGAACGGAGUACAGCAUACGUGUAUGAAGUCAUUGUCGACGCAGAUUCGGUUGGCGAGUUCGGAUGGAAUCUCACCGAGCAGGCAGCCUCAGAUGCUAUGGGAAAGUCAUGUCCUCCAUGCCCUGGAGGUGGAGCAUCUGUCCCCGAUCCCGUCUCUGAAGGUGCAGGAGGCCGAAUCCGUAAGCGUGACUUGUUGCACAGAUCCAAGGGCGAGAAGAUGCUCGGAUGGGUACGUGAUGUGGAACAGGCCAAUUCAACAAAUGGAGCUGGCGGAAAUCAAAUCCGAAUCGCGUUUAGCGCAACGCCCCAUGUUGGUCAUGUUCGAAUUGACUUUGAAUCAGCAACCUAUGAGGAACCAAAACAGCGAUUUGUUAUUCUCCAAGCGUCAAGAACGAAUUGGACUGGCCAUGUCCAUAUUGAUGCGGCGCGACAAGAAGUCUCUGGUAGCAAUUCUCAGCGUCAAGAUUGGGCUCUUGGGCCUGAUCACCCAGACUCUUUUAGAGGAUACUUUGUUUCCCGAUUCUCAAAGCCAUUUGUCUCGUACGGAACCACAAUCGGAGACAUUCGAAACAAUGGAACGACUUCUCUAGAGGGCAAGGAUGUCGGAGCCUACGUGACAUUCAGCAAGACCGUUGAACGCGUCGAGGUUCGCACAGGAAUUUCUUUUGUUAGCGUUGAGCAAGCCCGAAGAAAUCUUGAUUUGGAAAUUGCCGACGGUACCAGCCUUGAGACAACAGUCAAUGCAGCCAAAUCAUCGUGGCUGGAGAAGAUGGAUCGAGUAAAGAUCUCUGGAGUUAACAGCACAGACGAAGACCAUGGCCAGCAAACCAUCUUCUACUCUGGGCUUUUCCACUCCCUCCAAUAUCCUAGUGACUACUCCGAGCCAAUGGAAACCAAGGAUGGAGGCCGCAGAACAUGGUACAGUGGCUAUACCGACAGCGUUCACGAGGACAAUGAUUCCUACUACCAAUCGUGGUCUAUAUGGGACACAUAUCGUGCUGAACAUUCUCUUUUAACAAUCUUUGCACCUGAAAGGGUCAACUCCAUGAUGCGAUCUCUGCUGCGAAUCUUUGACUGGUCUGGCCGACUACCCUUGUGGGCAAACACGGUCGAAACGAACAUUAUGAUCGCUACUAACGCCGACGCGGUGCUGGCAAAUGCUCUCAGUCGAGGAUUUGAUGGUUUUGACGUUCAGAAAGCCUGGUCUGCGGUAAGGAAGGAUGCAUAUGAGCCCCCAAUCAAAGAUACCGAGCUGCUGUAUUACGACCGUGAACCGAACACGCCACACGAGGCACGCGCUGGACUCACUUCAUAUCUCCACCACGGAUGGGUUGACAAUGACGGAUGGGCGGAGAGUGCAAGUCGCACUCUGGAUUAUUCUUUCAACGAUUUCGCAGCGGCGAUAGUAGCUAAACAUGCCGGAGACAACGACGCUAUCGCCGAUUUGAUGAGACGAAGUAAGAAUUAUGCCAAUCUUUGGCAUAACGAGACUCAGUUCAUGAGAGCUCGUAACUCAAACGGCUCCUGGGCAGAUUCUACAUGGGGCUGGACAGAGGGUGAUGAUUGGGUAUAUACCUUUGACGUCAUGCAUGACAUUGGCGGUCUUGCAGCUCUCUUCAGCGACGGACGAAAGGGUAUGAAAGCAAAGCUAGAUGAGCACUUUGCGGGAGGCCACAACAUGCACAGCAACGAGCCAUCCCAUCAUGUCCCGUAUCUGUACUCUGCUAUUGGAUACCCAGCAAAUGCUGCCGAGCAAAUCAGAAGUCUCGGAUGGUCGGAGUAUAAUGCGACUGCCGCUGGACUCAGCGGUAACGAAGAUCUCGGCCAGAUGAGUGCUUGGUACGUCUUCUCUGCCCUUGGCUUUUAUCCCGUCAAUCCGGCCAGUGAUGAGUACAUUAUCGGCUCGCCUUUCUUUGAUCGUGUCGAGAUUACUCUGCCAUCUGGUCCUGGCUUUGCGGAGCACGUCUUGACAAUCUCUGCUCCCGGUGCUGGAACGGAGGGCAAGAAGUAUAUCAAGCGAGUAGUAAUUGAUGGUAAGGCCGUACACACGCCGUUAUUGAAACAUGGAGAUAUUGUACGGGCAAAGAAUAUUGAAUUUGAGAUGAGUGCCACCAAGACUUGUUGGGGAAAGUUGGGUACAAUUUCUUAA